AUGGUUCAUGUUUCUCCCCGGGCGACGUCGAAUCUCGUCCCCAACAAGCUUCAUGAAAUCCGCUCUCACUGCUUUCACAACCAAUAUGACGCCGAAGUCAACCCGGGCGGCAUUGUCGCCCUGGCAGUGGCCGAAAACAAGCUGAUGCGCGAUGAAAUUGUCCAACACAUUAAUACGCAUAUGAACAUCACACCGUUCCACCUGACUUAUGGACAAGGACCAGCAGGUUCCUCGGCCCUGCGCGGAGCCUUGGCCUCGUUUGUGACCGAAGUCUUCCGUCCGUCAAUGGAGAUCACAGAGAAGCACAUCUGCGUGUGCAACGGCGCCGGGAGUGCCGUGGACAAUCUGUCCUUCUGCGUUGCUGAGCCCGGAGAGGGGAUCUUGGUCGGCCGACCGUUGUACGUCGGGUUCUUUCCGGACAUCGAGGCUCGUGCAAAAGUCAAGCCCGUCCUAGUUGAAUUUGGCGACAUUAAUCCAACCUCCGCUGCAGCUGUUGCCGCCUACGAGGACGCUUUUCACCGCUCCAAUGCUGCAGGUGUGCGGAUCCGCGCCAUCUUAAUUGCCAGCCCACAUAACCCGCUAGGUCGACCGUACGAGACCAAGUUUCUCCAGGAUAUGUUGAGGCUGUGCUCCAAGUACAACAUCCAUCUCAUCUCAGAUGAGGUAUACGCCCGCUCGCAUUUCCCUAGCUCCGACAUCCCGCACCCGCCGCCGUUUGUGUCAGUACUUUCCUUCCCGCUGGAGGAAUAUAUCGACCCGGAACUCGUGCACGUAAUAUAUGCUAUGAGCAAGGACUUCUGCGCCAAUGGGACCCGAAUCGGCGCCGUGAUAUCGCCUGGGGCAGAGGGCGCCUUGCUGAGAUCGGUCCGAGCCGUUGCCAGCUUCACUCGGGCCUCCCAGCUUGCAGAGCACGCUUGGCUGAAUCUUCUCACAGAUCGGCCCUUUUUGGAUUGGUAUUUUCCGUUGUUUCAGACGCGCAUGACGGAGGCCUAUGAGUAUACUGUGUCGAUGCUGCGCAAGAACAAUAUUCCCUACAAUCCGGCAAGUGUCACCAGUUUUAUUUGGAUCGACCUGUCGCGCUAUCUGCGAGAGGAUACGCAAGAGGCUGAGCUCGAGUUGAAUUGGCGCAUGGCUCAUGCGGGUGUUUGGCUGGCGAUGGGAGCCAGCUUCGGUAGUGAGCGCAAUGGCGAUUUCCGGCUGACAUUUGCCACUCCUAGAGAUGAAUUGACAUUGGGCCUAGAUAGGUAA